AUGAAUUGCCUGGCUCUUUCAAUGGGCUUCGGCUUCUUGUUUCAGGUCAUUGAAACAUUGAUCUUUGGCUAUUUUGCGUCAAUAUCCUUGGCUGACUCACGGGGUCUUUUCCCAAGGCUGGAGAAUGUGGGAGCUUUCAAGAAUGUUUCAAUUGUGCCAACCCAAGCCACAUGUGGACUCCCAGAACGGAGCACGUUUUGUCAUAGCUCUGCCACUGUUGAAAGUAUUCAGUUUUGUACCCAGCGGCUUUGUAUUCAGGAUUGUCCAUACAGAUCCUCAGCCCCUACCUACGCUGCCCUUUUCCCAGCAGGCCUCGGCAGCUGCAUCACGGCCGACAAGAACGAUGUGCGUCCUCGCUCUCCUAGCAAUUCUACAAGUUUCAUUUUUGGAAAUCGCAAGAACUGCUUUUCCUCUCCUCCCCGAAGACUGGCGGCAUCGUUUACUUUAGCUGUGUGGUUGAAACCUGAGCAAGCAGGUGUAAUGUGUGUUAUAGAAAAGACGGUGGAUGGGCAGAUUGUGUUCAAACUUACAAUAUCUGAGAAAGAGACCAUGUUUUAUUAUCGCACAGUAAAUGGUUUGCAACCUCCAAUAAAAGUAAUGACACUGGGGAGAAUUCUUCUGAAGAAAUGGAUUCAUCUUAGUGUGCAGGUGCAUCAGACAAAAGUCAACUUCUUUAUCAAUGGAUUAGAGGAGGAUAAUACUGCUUUUGAUACAAGAACUCUAAGUGGUUCAAUUAUAGAUUUGGCUUCUGGUUCCAUACAAAUCGGACAGAGUUUAAAUGGUUUUGAGCAGUUUGUUGGAAGAAUGCAAGAUUUUCGAUUGUAUUCAGUGGCACUUACAAAUAGAGAGAUUCAAGAAGUUUUCUCUGGAGAUCUGCAAAGGUUGCACAUCCAGUCACACUGCCGCUGCCCUGGUAGCCACCCUCGCAUCCACCCUUGGCUGCAACGGUACUGCAUUCCUAAUGCUGCAGAAGACACCACCCGUGAUAGAGUGCUACGGCUCAAUUCUGAAGCCCAUCCUCUCUCUUUUGUCAAUGACAAUGAUAUUGGUACCUCGUGGGUUUCACAUGUGUUUACAAACAUUACCCAGCUGAACCAAGGAGUGAGCAUUUCAAUAGAUUUGGAAAAUGGACAGUAUCAGGUGUUUUAUAUUAUCAUUCAGUUCUUUAGUCCACAACCAACAGCAAUAAAGAUUCAAAGAAAGAAGAAUGACAAUUUGGAUUGGGAGGACUGGCAGUAUUUUGCUAAAAAUUGCAGUGCUUUUGGAAUGAAGAACAAUGGAAAUUUGGAAAAUCCUGAUUCUGUCAACUGUCUUCAGCUUCCCAAUUUUCCUCCAUAUUCCCAUGGUAAUGUGACAUUUAGCAUCUUGGCUCCUGGACCAAAUUAUCGUCCUGGAUAUAAUGACUUCUAUAAUACCCCAUCUCUUCAAGAAUUUGUAAAAGCAACACAAAUAAGGUUUCAUUUUCAAGGGCAGUACUAUACAUCCGAGCCUUCUGUUGACCUCAGACACAGAUAUUAUGCAGUGGAUGAAAUCACCAUCAGUGGGAGGUGUCAGUGCCAUGGUCAUGCCGACGUCUGUGACACAACCAGCCAGCCAUAUAGAUGCCUCUGCUCCCAGGAAAGCUUCACGGAAGGACUUCAGUGUGAUCGCUGUUUGCCUCUUUAUAACGACAAGCCUUUCCGCCACGGUGAUCAAGUUCACGCCUUCAACUGUAAGCCUUGUCGGUGCAAUAGCCAUGCCAGAAGCUGCCACUAUGACAUCUCCAUAGACCCAUUUCCGUUGGAUCACCUGAGAGGGGGAGGAGGAGUUUGUGAUGAUUGUGAACAUAACACUACAGGAAGACACUGCGAGCUGUGCAAGGAUUACUCUUUCCGACAAGUUGGUGCAGAUCCUUCAGCCAUCGAUGUUUGCAAACCUUGUGAUUGUGAUAAAGUUGGCACUAGAAACAGUAGCCUCCUUUGUGAUCAGAUUGGAGGCCAAUGUAAUUGUAAGAGACAUGUGUCUGGCAGACAGUGCAAUCAGUGCCAGAAUGGAUUCUACAAUCUACAAGAGUUGGAUCCUGAUGGCUGCAGUCCCUGUAACUGCAAUACCUCUGGGACAGUGGAUGGAGAUAUUACCUGUCACCAAAAUUCAGGCCAGUGCAAGUGCAAAGCAAACGUUAUUGGGCUUCGAUGUGAUCAUUGCAAUUUUGGAUUUAAAUUUCUUCGAAGUUUAAAUGAUGAUGGAUGUGAGCCCUGCCAGUGUAACCUCCAUGGUUCAGUGAACAAAUUCUGCAAUCCUCUUUCUGGGCAGUGUGAGUGUAAAAAAGAAGCCAGAGGACUUCAGUGCGACACCUGCAGAGAAAACUUUUAUGGUUUGGACGUCACUGAUUGUAAGGCCUGUGACUGCAACACAGCAGGCUCAGUCGCUGGGACGGACUGUGACUCCAGAACAGGGCAGUGCCCCUGCAGACCCAACAUUGGAGGGAGACAGUGCAAUGAAUGCUUGGACGGGUAUUUCUACCUACAGCGAAACGAUUCUUUUCUCUGUCUGCCUUGUAACUGUGAUGAGACUGGGACAGUGAAUGGUUCUCUGCUGUGUAACAAGUCCACAGGACAAUGUCCUUGCAAAUCAGGGGUAACAGGUCGGCACUGUAACCAGUGUGAGCCCCACAGGUACAAUCUGACCAUUGGCGAUGUUCAAGGCUGCCAGAUGUGUGAGUGUGACUCCUUGGGGACAUUACCUGGGACUGUGUGCGACCCAGUCACUGGCCAGUGCCCAUGCUUGCCUAACCGUCAAGGAAGAAGGUGUAAUCACUGUCAACCAGGUUUUUAUAUUGCUCCAGGCAAUGACACUGGCUGCCUACCAUGUUCAUGUCAUGCAACUGGUACAGUUAAUCCCAUCUGUGAUGGCCUCACUGGGCAAUGCACCUGCCAUGAUGCUUCCAUUACUGGGAAAAGCUGUGACCAAUGUAAAGAUCAUUAUUUUGGAUUUGAUCCCCAGACUGGAAGAUGUCAGCCUUGUAAUUGUCAUCUCUCAGGAGCCUUGAAUGAAACCUGUCACUUGGUCACAGGCCAAUGUUUCUGUAAACAAUUUGUCACUGGCUCAAAGUGUGAUGCCUGUGUUCCCAAAGCAAGCCACUUGGAUGUCAACAAUCUGUUGGGUUGCAGCAAAACUCCAUCGCAGCAGCCUCCACCGAGAGGACAAGUUCAAAGUUCUUCUACUAUCAAUCUGUCUUGGAGCCCACCUGAUUCUCCAAAUGCCCAUCGGCUUACUUACAGUUUAUUCAGGGAUGGUUUUGAAAUCUACACAACUGAAGAUCAAUACCCAUACAAUGUUCAAUACUUCUCAGAUACUGCCCUGUCGCCAUAUAACUCAUAUUCCUAUUACAUCGAGACCACCAGCGUGCAUGGUUCAACAAGGAGUGCAGCUGUCACUUACAGGACGAAACCAGGGGUUCCAGAGGGAAACUUGAACUUAAGCUAUGUCAUUCCUGUUAGCUCAGACUCUGUGACACUUUCCUGGACUGCACUCUCAAACCGUUCUGGUCCUAUAGAGAAAUACAUUCUGUCUUGUACUCCUUUGGGUACUACUCAGCCGUGCGUUCCCUACGAAGGCCAUGGAACCUCUGCUGCCAUCUGGAAUCUGGUUCCAUUCACCAAGUACCGUUUCUCUGUACAGGCCUGUACUAGUGGGGGCUGUUUACACAGUUUGCCUGUUACGGUGACCACGGCCCAGGCACCUCCCAAAAGGCUGAGCCCACCCGAGGUACAAAAAAUCAGUUCCACAGAACUUCACGUAGAAUGGUCUCCACCAACAGAACCAAAUGGAAUAAUUAUAAGAUAUGAACUGUAUAUGAAAAGAUUAUGUCCUCCUGAAGAAGCUGAAGAAAUUCGCAUUUUUCAGAGCAGUGGCUGGCUCAGUCCUCACCCAUUUGCAGAGUCAGCCAAUGAAAAUGCACUAAAAUCUCCUCAAACGAUGACGACCGUCACCGGUUUGGAGCCAUACACAGAAUACGGGUUUCGAGUCCUGGCUGUGAAUAUGGCUGGUAGUGUAUCUUCUGCCUGGGUCUCAGAGAAAACAGGAGAAGCAGCACCCAUGUUCAUGAAGCCUCCGUCAGUGUUUCCCCUUUCUUCAUACUCUCUCAACGUCUCCUGGGAGAAACCAGCAGAUAAUGAUACACGAGGAGAAGUUUUGGAGUAUAACGUCAAUAUGAUUUCUGAACAGUCACCUCAACAAUCUAUCCCUGUGGUGUUUUCAAAGCUGCUGUACACUGCUAACCCCCAAGAGCGGUCUUACAUGGUACAAGGAUUGAAACCUUAUAGGAUAUACAAGUUCACUAUUUCUCUCUGCAAUUCAGUUGGUUGUGUAACCAGUGCUUCUGGAGCAGGACAGACUUUGGCAGCAGCACCAACCCAGCUGCGUCCUCCUCUGGUUGAAGGAAUCAACAGCACAACAAUCCAACUGAGGUGGUUUCCACCUGAUGAACUAAAUGGGCCUUCUCCUGUCUAUCAGCUGGAAAGGAGAGAGUCAUCUCUACCAGCUCCAAUGGCCACAAUGAUGAAAGGAGUUCGUUUCACAGGAAAUGGGUAUUAUAGAUUUCCCAGCUCCACCCACCCAAUCAAUACAGACUUUACUGGCAUCAAGGCCAGCUUUCGAACAAGGGUGCCUGAAGGUUUGAUUGUCUUUGCAGCAUCACCUGGCAAUCAGGAGGAGUAUUUUGCACUUCAGUUAAAGAAUGGACGGCCUUAUUUUCUUUUUGACCCACAGGAAUCAUCUGUGGAAGUUACCACAACUGAUGAUCAUGGUAAACAAUAUAGUGAUGGCGAAUGGCAUGAAAUAAUUGCUAUUAGACAUCAAGCUUUUGGCCAUAUCACUCUAGAUGGACAGUAUACAGGUUCCUCAGCCUCCCUGAAUGGUAGCACUGUUAUUGGAGAAAACACAGGAGUAUUUGUGGGAGGGCUGCCACAAGGCUAUACCAUCCUCAGGAAGGAUCCUGAGAUAAUCCAAAAGGGUUUUGUGGGCUGCCUCAAGGAUGUCUAUUUUAUGAAGAAUUACAAUCCUUCAGCUACUUGGGAACCUCUGGAUUGGCAGAGUUCUGAAGAGCAAAUCAAUGUGUAUAACAGCUGGGAGGGAUGUCCCACUUCAUUAAACGAUGGAGCCCAGUUCCUAGGAACAGGAUUCCUGGAACUUCAUCCAAAUAUGUUUCAAGGUGGAAUGAACUUUGAGAUUUCCUUCAAGUUCAGAACUGGCCAAUUAAAUGGACUGCUUCUUUUUGUUUACAACAAAGAUGGACCUGAUUUUCUUGCUAUGGAGCUGAAGAGUGGACUACUGAGCUUCCGGUUAAAUACCAGUCUUGCCCUUACACAAGUAGAUCUGUGGCUGGGACUGUCCUAUUGUGAUGGCAAGUGGAAUAAAGUCACUAUUAAAAAGGAAGGCUCCAUGUUGUCAACAAGCAUGAAUGAACUGAUGAAGUGUGUGCCAGAUUCCAGACCACAGUUACUGGAGGUGAAUUCACCUGUCUAUCUGGGAGGCAUCCCACAGGAGCUGCAGAACUCAUACAAACACUUGAAUUUGGAACAAGGUUUCGGUGGUUGCAUGAAGGAUGUUGAAUUUACACGGGGUGCUGCCGUUCUCUUGGCAUCUGUGUCCAGCAGCGCUGUCAGAGUCAAUCUGGAUGGAUGCCUAUCACCUGACAGCGCUGCUAACUGCGGGGGAAACAACUCCAUCCUGGUUUACCGGGGAACAGAGCGCAGUGUUUCCGAGAGUGGUCUUCAGGCUUUCACAGAAUACCUGUAUCGAGUGGUAGCCUCGCAUGAAGGAGGUUCAGUUUAUAGUGACUGGAGUCGGGGCCGUACAACAGGAGCAGCUCCACAAAGUGUGCCAAGUCCCUCAAGAGUCGGCAGCAUAAACGGAUAUAGCGUUGAGGUGACCUGGGAUGAACCUGUUGUUAGAGGCGUGAUUGAGAAGUACAUCCUGAAAGCCUACAGCCAGGAGGACCCCCAUCCACUUGGCUUGCCUGCUGCCAGUGCUGAAUUUGUCAACACCAGCGCCCUCUCAGGCAUAUUGACGGGCUUGAUACCCUUCAAAAACUAUGCAGUAACCCUAACUGCAUGCACUUUGGCUGGCUGUACUGAGAGCUCACAUGCAUUGAACAUCUCUACUCCACAAGAAGCCCCACAAGAGGUUCAGCCACCAGUAGCCAAAUCCCUUCCCAAUUCUUUGUUACUCUCCUGGAAUCCACCACAAAAAGCGAAUGGUAUCAUAACUCAGUACUCCCUGUACAUGGAUGGGAACCUGGUCUUUUCAGGCAGUGGACAGAACUACACAGUCACAGAUUUAGGGGUAUUUACACCCCACCGGUUUCUGCUCAGUGCGUGCACACCCGUGGGAUGUACUAACAGUGCCCAAGUCACGCUGCACACAGCACAGCUGCCGCCAGAGCAUGUGGAGUCCCCGCUUCUGACUGUCCUGGAUUCCAGAACGAUUCAUAUACAGUGGAAACAACCAAGGGAACUAAAUGGAAUUCUGGAACGUUAUAUAUUAUAUAUUUCAAAUGAUGCCCCUGAUUUUGCCAUGUGGGAUGUCAUCUAUAACAGCACAGAACUUUUCCAGGAUCACACGCUACAACACCUUUUCCCUGGUCAUAAAUAUCUCAUCAAGCUGGGAGCUUGCACAGGUGGUGGGUGCACAGUGAGUGAGGCCAGUGAGGCUGUAACCGAUGAGAACAUUCCCGAGGGUGUGCCAACUCCCAAGGUCCACUCAUAUUCACCUGACUCCUUUAACAUCUCCUGGACGGAGCCCGAAUAUCCGAAUGGUGUUAUCACGAGUUAUGGAUUAUAUCUGGAUGGUGUAUUAAUUCACAAUUCCUCAGAACUCAGCUGUCAUGCUUAUGGGUUUGCUCCUUGGAGCUUACAUUCCUUCAGAGUCCAAGCAUGCACUGCCAAAGGUUGUGCUCUGGGCCCACUGGUGGAAAAUCGAACUCUGGAAGCUCCCCCUGAAGGAACAGUAAAUGUGUUUGUCAGAACACGUGGAUCCCGGGAAGCCCACGUGAGGUGGGAGGCACCGUUUCGUCCUCAUGGUCGCUUGACAUAUUCGGUCUUUUUUACUGGGAUUUUCUAUGCUGAUCCAGCAGGUAGCAACUACACCCUUUUAAGGGGCACAAAAAUUAUGCACAGCAGUGAGGAGACCAACAUUUGGGUGCUCAUUGAUGGACUGGUUCCUUUUACUAACUACACUGUACAAGUGAAUGUUUCAAACAGCCAAGGCAGCUUGAUAAGUGAUCCUAUAAAGAUUGCAAUGCCUCCGGGGGCUCCAGAUGGCGUGCUGCCUCCCAGGCUUUCAUCUGCCACUCCAACCAGUCUUCAGGUUGUCUGGUCUACACCAGCUCGGAACAACGCUCCCGGCUCUCCCAGAUACCAACUCCAGAUGAGGCCUGGCUCCUCCACCCACAGAUUGUUAGAGUUAUUUUCCAGUCCUUCUGCAUCGUUAAGCUAUGAAGUGAGAGAUCUUCAGCCGUACACAGAGUAUGAGUUUCGGUUGGUUGCCUCCAACGGAUUUGGCAGUGCACAUAGUUCUUGGAUCUCGUUCAUGACCGCAGAGGACAAACCUGGACCUAUAGACCCUCCGAUUCUUCUGGACAUAAAGUCGAGGACAAUGUUGAUCACCUGGCAGCAGCCUCUGCAGUGCAAUGGGGUCAUUACCCACUAUAGCAUUUACCAACGUGGCCAUCUGUGCUUGAGGGCUCCUGGGAAUGUCACCAGUGCAACAGUGCUUCAUUUACUGCCAUAUACAGCCUAUACGUUUCAAGUGGAAGCCUGUACAGCCAGAGGGUGUUCCCUCUCACCAGAGUCCCAGACUGUGUGGACACUCCCAGGGGCACCAGAAGGCAUCCCGAGUCUGGAACUGUUCUCUGAUACUCCGACGUCGGUGAUUAUAGCUUGGCAACCCCCCACCCACCCCAACGGCUUGGUGGAGAACUUCACGAUUGAGAGAAGACUCAAAGGGAAGGAAGAAGUUACCACCCUGGUGACUCUCCCAAGAAAUCAUUCCAUGAGGUUUAUUGACAAGACUCCUUCUCUUAACCCAUGGACACACUAUGAAUAUCGAGUGCUGAUGAGCACUGUUAAUGGAGGCACCAACAGCAGUGCUUGGGCGGAAGUUACCACGAGACCCUCACGACCUGCUGGAGUACAGCCACCUGCAGUGCAGGUGCUUGGACCCGAUGCAGCCAAGGUCACUUGGGAAGCUCCGCUCAUCCAGAAUGGGGACAUGCUUAGCUAUGAGAUCCGCAUGCCGGACCCACACGUCACAGUAACCAAUGUUACAGCCUCAGUCUUAAGCCAAGUUGUUACUCCCCUGAUUCCUUUCACCAAUUAUUCUGUCACCAUUGUUGCUUGCUCGGGGGGUAACGGGUACCUAGGAGGGUGCACAGAGAGCCUACCUACUUACGUAACCACCCACCCCGCCCUGCCUCAGGAUGUGAGCCCGCUGUCUGUGAUUCCACUAAGCGAAUCCUACGUUGGGGUGUCCUGGCAGCCACCAUCCAAGCCAAACGGACCGAAUUUGAGAUAUGAGCUUCUGAGACGUAAAACCCGGCAACCACUUGCAUCAAAUCCCCCAGAAGAUUUAAAUCUGUGGCACAAUAUUUAUUCAGGAACUCAGUGGUUUUAUGAAGAUAAGGGUCUUAGCAGGUUUACAACAUAUGAGUAUAAGCUUUUUGUACACAACAGUGUGGGUUUUACUGCCAGCCAAGAAGCGACUGUGACGACACUAGCUGGCCUUCCGGAGAGAGGAGCCAACCUCACUGCAGGCGCUCUUAACCACACAGCCAUCCUCGUGACGUGGGAUAAACCAACUUUUCAAGACCUUCAAGGUGAUGUUGAAUAUUACACACUCUUCUGGAGUUCUGCUACCUCAAAUGAAUCACUCCAACUCCUGCGAGAUGUCAACUCUCAUGUCAUUGGCCACUUAAAUCCAAACACAGAGUAUUGGAUAUUUCUCUCUGUCUUCAAUGGAGUACACAGCAUCCGCAGUGCGACACUGAAUGCAACCACUUGCGAUGGAGAGCCUCAGGGCAUGCCUCCUCCAGAGGUUGUCAUCAUCAACAGUACAGCUGUACGUGUCAUCUGGACAUCUCCUUCAAACCCAAAUGGUGUUGUCACUGAGUAUUCUGUCUAUGUAAAUAAUCAGCUCUACAAGACUGGAAUGGAUGUGCCUGGGUCAUUUAUUCUGAGAGGCCUGUCUCCCUUCACUAUCUAUGACAUUCAGGUUGAAGUCUGCACAAAGUAUGCCUGUGUGAAAAGCAACGGAACUCAAAUCACCACUGUAGAAGAUACUCCAAGCAAUAUACUAGCACCCACAAUUCGUAAUAUCACAUCAAGAUCCCUUCACAUUGAUUGGGUAUCUCCAGGGAAACCGAAUGGCAUCAUUCUUGGAUAUGAUAUCUUAAGAAAAACAUUGUUUUCAUGCUCUCAAACCCAGAAGUUAAUGGAGGACCAUAAUGCAGAGCUAUGCAAAGCAGUAGAGUGUCAGAAACCUUCAGAUAUAUGUGGACACAUUUGCUAUUCUCCUGAAACUAAGGUGUGUUGCAGUGGAGUUCUGUAUGACCUCCAGCCUGGAUACGGCUGCUGUGAAGAGAAGUACCUCCCAUUCAUUUUCAAUUCAACUGGAGUGUGCUGUGGUGGCCGAAUUCGAGAGGCACGACCAGAUCAUCACUGCUGCUCUGGGUAUUAUGCUAGAAUCCAACCAGGUGAAGUAUGCUGUCCAGAUGAACAGCACAAUCGGGUUUCUGUUGGCAUCGGUGACUCCUGCUGUGGCAGAAUGCCAUACUCCACCUCAGGAAACCAGAUUUGCUGUGCUGGGAGGCUCCAUGAUGGCCAUGGCCAGCAGUGCUGUGGCGGACAGAUUGUGAGCAAAGAUUUAGAGUGCUGUGGUGGAGAAGAAGAGGGUGUGCUGUACAGUCACCUUCCAGGGAUGUUCUGUUGUGGGCAGGAUUAUGUGAACGUGUCGGAUACCAUAUGCUGCUCAGCUUCCAGUGGAGAGUCUAAAGCACAUGUUAAAAAGAAUGACCCAGUGCCAGCAAAAUGCUGUGAGACUGAACUUAUUCCAAAGAGCCAGAAAUGCUGUAAUGGAGUUGGAUAUAAUCCUUUGAAAUAUGUUUGCUCUGACAAGAUUUCAACUGGAAUGAUGAUGAAGGAAACCGUGGAGUGCAGGGCUCUCUGCCCAGCGUCUGUGCAAGCCACAGCACAUUGUGGCAGAUGUGACUUCACCCUGACCAGGCACAUUUGCUCCGUGGUACGAGGUUCUCACAACUCAACAGGGAAGGUGUCACAGGAAGAAACGUGUUCGUCUGCUGAGGAGACCGUGCACACGGCUAGUGUGAACACCUACUCCAUCACAGAUGUGAACCUGGAGCCCUACACAGUGUAUGAGUAUAGGAUUUCUGCUCGGAACAGCUAUGGGCGAGGAUACAGCAAAGCUGUUAGAGCCCGCACACCAGCAGAUGUGCCUCAAGGAGUGAGUCCUCCCCGAUGGACUAAAAUGGGCGACCCUGAAGAUACAAUUGUCUUAAACUGGAGGAGACCUAUACAACCAAAUGGUCCUAUUAUUUACUACAUUCUUCUCCGAAAUGGGAUCGAACGCUUUCGGGGAACAUCACUGAGCUUCUCUGAUACAAAGGGAAUUCAGCCUUUUCAGGAAUAUUCAUACCAACUGAAAGCUUGCACAGUUGCUGGCUGUGCCACCAGUAACCAGGUGGUUGCAGCCACUACCCAAGGAGUUCCAGAGAGCAUCCUGCCACCCAGAAUCACAGCACCAAGUGCAGAGGCUUUGCAUCUGAGCUGGAGUGUCCCUGAGAAACCAAACGGCAUCAUUAAAGAGUACCAGCUCAGGCAGCUUGGGGAAGGUCUCAUCUACACUGACACCGCUGACAGGAGGCAACAUACGGUCACAGGUCUCCAGCCAUACACCAACUACAGCUUUACACUCACGGCUUGUACAUCUGCUGGAUGCACUUCAACGACGCCUUUUCUAGGUCAGACACUGCAGGCAGCCCCUCAAGGAGUUUGGGUGACACCUCGACACAUCAUCAUCAAUUCUACAACAGUGGAAUUAUAUUGGACUCCACCAGAAAAGCCCAAUGGCCUCAUUUCUCAGUAUCAAUUGAAUCGAAAUGGAAUUGUGGUUUUCCUGGGUGGUAGCAAAGAGCAGAAUUUCACUGAUAGAAAUCUGAAGCCAAAUAGCAGAUACAUUUACAAGUUAGAAGCCAAAACUGGAGGUGGCAGCAGUACUAGCAAGGACUACAUUAUCCAAACACCUGCAUGGACACCAGAAGAAAUCCAUCCUCCACAUAAUGUCACAGUAACUGGGCCUUACUCCAUAUUUGCAGCAUGGAUGGCACCAGGGAUUCUCAUCCCACAGAUUCCCGUGGAGUACAAUGUCUUACUCAAUGAUGGAAAUGUCAGUCCUGUGACCUUCUCCAUUGGUCAUCGUCAGUCCACCCUCCUGGAAAAUUUGGCUCCAUUCACCCAGUAUGAGAUAAGAAUACAAGCUUGUCAGAACGGAAGUUGUGGAGUUAGCAGUGGGGUGUUUGCCAAAACAUCUGAAGCAGCCCCAAAGGACCUGAAUUCUCCUGUUCUUAAAGCACUGGGGUCAGCCUGCAUAGAGGUUAAAUGGAAGCCACCUAAAAAACCAAAUGGAGUCAUCAUCAGCUACUUUAUUCACAGACGUCAUGCUGGCAUUGAAGAAGAAACUCUUUUGUUUGUGUGGUCAGAAGGAGCCCUGGAGGUGACCGAUACUUCAGAUACCCUGAGACCUUUCACAUUCUAUGAAUACCGGGUCAGUGCCCAGAACUCCAAGGGCACAGUACAAAGUCUGUGGUCAUCAGUCCAGACUCUGGAAGCCCCACCACAAGCUCUGCCAGCCCCUUGGGCCCAACCCACCAGUGCUCAUUCAGUGCUGCUGAACUGGACAAAGCCAGAAUCUCCCAAUGGUGUUAUCUCCAAGUACCGUGUGGUCUACCAAGAGAGACCAGAUGACCCAACAUUUCACAGCUCCACCAUGCAUGCUUUCACGGUGAUGGGAACAAGCCAUCAAGCCCACCUGUUCGGGUUAGAACCAUUCACAACAUACUACAUCGGUGUGGUGGCCGCCAACAGCGCAGGGGAAGUUUCAAGCCCCUGGACUCUGAUUCAAACCCUAGAGUCUUCCCCAAGUGGACUGAGCAACUUGACAGUGGAACAGAAAGAGAACGGCCGGGCAUUGCUACUACAGUGGUCAGAGCCUAUGAGAACCAAUGGGGUGAUUAAGACAUACAGCAUCUUCAGUGAUGGUCUGCUGGAGUACUCAGGCUUGAAUCGGCAGUUUCUUUUCCGCCGCCUGGCUCCUUUCACGCUCUACACACUAACCCUGGAGGCGUGCACCAGCGCAGGCUGUGCACACUCAGUGCCCCAGCCUCUGUGGACCCAGCAAGCCGCUCCAGAUGCACAGUUGGCUCCUACGGUGCAGGCUGUGGCAUCCACCAGCGUGGUGCUGCGCUGGUCCGAGCCUGUUAACCCGAAUGGAAACAUAAUUCGCUAUGAAGUGAUUCGCAGAUGCUUCCAGGAGGAAGCUUGGGGGAAUCAGACAAUCCAGGCCGAUGAGAAAAUUGUUUUCACAGAAUAUAAUACUGAAAGGAAUCCGUUUCUUUAUGAGGACCCAGGUUUGCAGCCAUGGAUACAGUGUGAGUACAAGAUCUGCACUUGGAAUUCAGCAGGGCAUACCUGUAGCUCCUGGAGUGCAGUAAGGACAUUGCAAGCACCCCCAGAAGGACUCUCUCCACCUGAGAUCUCCUACAUAUCUGUGAACCCCCCAAAAGUACUGAUUUCCUGGACUCCUCCAGAGCACUCGAAUGGUAUCCUCCAGUCCUACAGGCUUCAAAGGAAUUCUGUGCUAUAUCCUUUCAGCUUUGAUGCUGUGACAUUGAAUUACACUGAUGAAGACCUGCUUCCUUUUUCUACCUAUAGUUAUGCAGUCCUUGCUUGCACAAGCGGAGGCUGCUCCACCAGCAAACCCAGCAACAUCACAACUCUGGAGGCUGCCCCUUCAGGGGUCAGCCCUCCAACUCUUUGGACCAUCAGUGCCAGUCAGAUAAAUGCAUCUUGGUCACCACCAUCAAUUCAGAACGGAAAGGUCACUGAAUACUUGCUUAGAUGUGAUGGGAGGGAGUACCUUGCUGGGCAAGGCCUAUCCCUACUGGUUUCCCACCUGCAGCCUUAUACUCAAUACAAUUUCUCUCUUGUAGCCUGCACCAAUGGAGGUUGCACAGCAAGUGAGCCAAACUCUGCCAGGACGAUGGAGGCCCCACCAGAGGACAUGGAUCCCCCAACAUUGCAAGUCACAGGCUCAGAAUCAAUAGAAAUCACCUGGAAACCUCCAAGAAGCCCAAAUGGCCAGAUCAGAAGUUACGAACUUAGGCGGGAUGGAACCCUUGUAUAUAGUGGCCUAGAGACUCGCUAUCAUGAUUUUACUCUCACUCCAGGUGUGGAGUAUGGCUACACAGUGACUGCCAACAACGGCCAAGGAGGGAUUUUGAGUUCGCUUGUCAAAGAUCGAACUAGCCCCUCAGCACCCUCUGGGAUGGAACCUCCAAAAUUGCAGGCAAGGGGACCUCAGGAGAUCUUAGUGAAUUGGGACCCUCCCGUAAGGGCAAAUGGUGAUAUCGUCAACUAUACCCUAUUCAUCCGGGAGCUGUUUGAAAGAGAAACAAAAACUGUACACAUAAACGCAACUCAUAAUUCUUUUGGUGCACAGUCAUUUGUAGUAAAGCAGCUGAAGCCAUUUCACAGGUAUGAGGUGCGCAUUCAAGCCUGCACUGCCCAGGGCUGUGCAUCAAGUGACUGGACAUCCUCGCAGACCCCUGAGAUUGCACCUGUCAUGCAGCUGCCUCCACAUCUGGAGGUGCAGACGGCUCCAGGAGGCUUCCAGCCCAUUGUUUCCCUGUGGUGGACAGGACCACUUGAGCCCAAUGGGAAAGUGUUGUACUAUGAAUUGUACAGGAGACAAAUAGCCACUCAGCCUGGAAAAGCCAAGCCUGUGCUAACCUAUAAUGGAAGCACAAGCUCCUUUUUGGAUUCUGAACUGUUGCCUUUCACGGAGUAUGAGUAUCAGGUCUGGGCAGUGAACUCAGCAGGAAAAGCUCCCAGUAACUGGACCUGGUGUAGAACGGGGCCUGCCCCACCAGAAGGUCUCAGAGCCCCUGAGUUCCACACAGUAUCGUCUAUGCACGCAGUGGUCAACAUUAGUGCUCCCAGGAAGCCCAAUGGGGUGAUCAGUCUCUACAGGCUCUUCAGCAACACCAGUGGGACCCAGACAGUGCUAUCUGAAGGCCUGGCCACCCAGCAGACUCUCCAUGGCCUGAAGCCCUUCACAACUUACUCCAUUGGGCUGGAGGCCUGCACCUGCUUCAACUGCUGCAGCACAGGGCCCACGGCUGAGCUGAGAACUCAUCCUGCCCCACCCUCAGGAUUGUCCUCUCCCCAGAUCCAGACGCUGGCCUCAAGGAUGGCCUCUUUCCAGUGGAGCCCCCCACUGUCUCCCAAUGGUGUCAUUCAAAGCUAUGAGCUCCAGCUCUAUGCAGCAUGCCCUCCUGAUUCAGCCCUGCCCUGUACUCCCAGCCAAGCAGAGACAAAGUAUGCUGGGCCAGACCAGCAGGCCAGCCUUGGGGGUCUCCAGCCCUAUACCACCUACAAGCUGAGAGUGGUGGCACACAACGAGGUGGGCAGCACAGCUUCUGAAUGGAUCAGCUUCGUCACUCACAAAGAACUGCCUCAGUACCGAGCCCCAUUCUCAGUGGAGAGCAAUCUGUCUAUGGUGUGGGUAAACUGGAGCGGCACCUUCCUUCUGCAUGGCCCGCUGAGGGAGUAUGUGUUAACCGACGGAGGCCAGCGCGUGUACAGCGGCGUGGACACCACCCUGUACAUACCAAGGACAGCGGACAAAGCUUUCCUUUUCCAGGUCACCUGCACUACAGAUGAAGGAAGCGUUAAGACGCCAAUGAUCCAAUACGAUACAUCUACUGGAUUUGGCCUGGUACUCACAACUCCUGGAGAAAAGAGAGGCUCGGAGAGCAAAGUCACAGAGUUCUACAGUGAGCUGUGGUUCAUUGUGCUCAUGGCAGUGCUGGGCUUGAUCUUGUUGGCCAUUUUUCUGUCCCUGAUACUGCAAAGGAAAAUCCACAGAGAACCAUACAUCAGAGAGAGACCCCCGUUGGUGCCUGUUCAGAAAAGGAUGUCUCCACUGAGUGUCUACCCACCGGGCGAACCCCACAUGGGAUUAGCUGAUACCAAAAUUCCCCGGUCGGGAACCCCUGUGAGUAUCCGGAGCAACCGCAGCUUGUCUGUACUGCGGAUCCCCAGUCAAAGCCAAAUCAGCCGAACCUAUUCCCAGGGCUCUCUCCACCGCAGCGUCAGCCAGCUCCUGGACCUUCAGGACAAGAAAGUCGUGAUUGAUGACUCGCUCUGGGAAACCAUCAUGGGCCACAGCAGUGGACUGUAUGUGGAUGAAGAGGACCUGAUGAAUGCUAUCAAAGGUUUCAGCUCAGUCACGAAAGAACACACCACGUUCACCGACACUCAUCUGUAA